AUGCCUAGUCUGCUCCAGCGCUCAGCAUCCCAUCACGACAAGAAGAACAAAAAGUACAAUACAUUGACCAAUUCUGCCGACUCGGCCGCCAGACGCAGCGAACAGAGCAUUACCGAUCCCGCGUUUUUCGACCCAGAACACAUGGCCGCUCCUACCAACGACGAACUUCUCGAGGAGAUGGUUGUCGAUGCCUCCAACAUAGUCCCCAAUGGCGAGGCAGAAGUCCCUGGUCAGGACGACGGGCCAUGGAGUGUUAGCGUUGCCGAUGCUCCAUCCAACAACAAUAAGAAGAAGUACACGAUAUAUAUUCAGACCCCCUCCCAGAACUUGACUCUCACACGCGCCGCCCAAGAGAUUACGGAUCUACACGCCAAGUUGCGCUCAAACCACCCUAGUGCAACGCUUCCGCCCCUCCCCGGCUUUCCCGCCUCGGGCUCUGACAACCAAGACGGCGCUAAACGUCGGAGCAGCUUUCUCAACACACUCAGUCGUCUCGCCAACCCAAAUCCAAAGCCAAAACCCGGUCGCAUCGGCUCUGCCAGCUCCAUCACCAAUGCCAGCACACCCACCAUUGCGCCCCAGAGCCCCAUUGUCGACGACCCAGUUUCAAAUAUGUCUCAGCCAACCGGCUCUCCUCCUGCUAUCGACGAUGGCACGGAACAGACUAUGCCCGCCCUGGCCGCCUAUCUUACACUCGUUUCAAAUCAUCCCAUCUUCCGUCAUUCUCGCGCAUGGCGCCGAUUCGUCCGCGUCCGCACCGACGAUCUCCAGAGCGUUCGUGCAGAGCGUAUCGUCAAGCGCGUCCGGAGCGAGUCUGGUCUGGGAAGAUCGGGUUCCCAGGGUGGCAGUGCCAUUAGUCUUGGGCGCGGUAGCCACGACGUCCGACCAGGCAAGCCCGUUCCAGAGUUGCCUGCCCUCCCCACCAUGAGCUCGCUCGACGUCCGCGGGAGCAGCAGUGCAAGCGACGCCAGCGAGGGAAUCGCCGAAGAGGACGAGGACGAAACCGCACGCGCUGAUAAGGACUUGCCUAAUCUCCCUGGAUCCACCGAGCGCACCCCCUCGAACAAACCUACUGCGCUUCCGGACAUGACCGGUGCUGGAUCGAUGCCUCCCGUAUCCGAGAUCUUGGCGUCUCCAUCGAUGCAACAGGCCAUUGCGACCCCACUUCCCCCUGGUACUCCCGAACCCCCCUCGACACCUCUCAAGAAAGAAGCCACGCUGCCUGGAGUAGGCGGUUCCACCCCUACCGCGUCCGAGGGCCAAACGCUGCCCACUCCAGGUGCAACGCCCACCCCAUCCCCUCCUCGUCCAAAUUCAUCCAAGGUAUCGGCCCCUGCCGAGCACCGUUUGUCAAGCGGAAGUGACGUAUUUGCGAAUGGUAGUGGAAGCGAAGCCGAUAACAAUGGUUUCGGUGGCUUUGGUACCGAGACGGAAACCGAGGCCGAGUUGGGGGCUGAUGGCGAGACCACGGCGGAUGGCGUGGCGAUCAAGGUCAAGAAGAAAAAGGAAAAGAAACCGGCGCGCAAGGUUGUCGUGGACGAUUUCGAGAUGAUGCGCGUACUUGGCAAGGGAUGCGCUGGAAAGGUUUUGCUCGUCCGACACCGUGCGACAACCGAGUUGUAUGCCUUGAAGGCGAUUACGAAGCGUCAUGUACUUGCGCACCAAGAGCUGCAGCACACGCUCACUGAACAAGCCGUGCUCAAACGAAUGGCACGCGAAGGCAGAGACCCGUUCGUGGUCAAGCUCUGGUGGAGUUUCCACGACAAGGAGAACCUAUUUUUGGUCAUGGACUUCCAUCCCGGUGGAGAUCUUGCCACUCAACUCGCGAGAUGGGGUCGCCUUGGUCGGGAUCGUGCAAGGUUCUACGCUGCCGAGAUUGUCGAAGGAUGUGAAGGAUUGCACGCGGCGGGUGUGAUUUACCGUGAUCUCAAGCCCGAAAACAUCCUUAUCGGCGCAGAUGGUCAUAUCGUCUUGACCGAUUUCGGUCUUUCCAAAGAGUUCCCGCUCAAGAGCAACGGCCAGUCUCCCACCGCUCCUACCACGCCCAACGGCCAAACCGGGUUCGCCGUCACUCCGCACUGGAUGGACGCCGCCGGCUCGCCUGGACGCGCAUCGACCAGCAAGCGCCUCGAUAGAGAUUUGACCACCACGUUCUGCGGUACGGCCGAGUACCUCGCCCCAGAGGUCAUCCAGGGCUUGCCGUACAGCUACGAAGUCGAUUGGUGGAGCUUUGGUACCAUGUUGUACGAAAUGUUGACCGGAAUCACGCCAUUUUGGGCGAACAAUCAUUCGGAUAUGUACGUCCGUGUGUUGCAGGAUGAGCUUCAGUUCCCAGACGACAAGGCGAUGGAUCAGGAUACGAAGAGUUUGAUUCGUGGGCUGCUUCAACGUAACCCGGCGCUAAGAAUGUGCGAACCGCGAGUGAAGAAGCAUCCUUAUUUCUCAAUGAUUGAUUGGCAACACGUCUACUACAAGCGAUAUAUUCCUCCAUACAUCCCACCCAUCGACCCAUCCAACGCGGGUGACACGCAAAACUUUGACGAGGCGUUCUUGGAUAUGGAGCCCGUUAUCGCAGACGAGACGGACCAGACCGACUCUGAGCGCGAAGACUCGGACUCGGAGUCUGCGCGAACUGCGUCGGGCGGCAAGUCUCCUGAGCGUCCGGCUGCUGACGAGGGUGAAGAGGUCGUGGACGUGUUUGAUGGAUACUCGUUCAAGGGGCGAGACUCGAUCAUUAUUGACGACGACGAAUCCGAUGAAUCUGACGAGCAUGAACAAGAGGACGAGAGAAUUAGGGCUGCGAAAGUGUUGGAGCCUGAAGUUGAUGCCGGACCGAUCACUGCCGACGAGGAAACCACACCUCAUACGACUCCCGCUGAUUUGCCCGAGGCAGAGCGUGAACCUGUAACACCCACGACACCGACGGCCGAGGUCCCCCAGCCUCCUGUAUCAGAGCCCACCCCAGCCUCGCCCGUGUCGAAACCCAGGUCGCCCAAGCCUGCUGCGUCCCCUGCGUUGGCUACCUCUCCUGCUUUGGAUGUGGCUCAGCUUCCGCCUCUUCCCGCCGAGAAGCCAGACGAGUUGGCAGAGCCUGUUGUAUCCCCUGUUACGGCGCGUGCUGCCUCUCCGGUCCUUGCCCCUGUUACCGUUACGGUCCCCGCGUCUGCGCCAGCGCCAGCGCCCGCACUCACGCCUGCUCCAGCCUCAGCUCUGGCAACCGAGCCAUCGGGGUCUGCAGUCCCACAGACGAAGCAAAAGCGUGAAAAAUCGGGCAUCACAGCUUUGGACAGGUUUCUGGAUGCCGACACGGACGAUGAUGAUGACUGGGACUUGGUCGAGAAACCCAGAGCCGAUGAGGCAGCGUUCAACGGCCGCGGCGGCAAGUCGGGAAACAAUCUGUUUGCGCGCGGUGUAGUUGAUCGGUACAGAUUGACUGUCUUCCGCAAGGCGUCUCAUCCUGCCCUCAACAAGAUUGGAAGGCCCCAAUCAUCCGUCGAGCCCAAGGCACCGAAAGCCAAAACGUCGAUUCGCCCUCAGUCCGAGGCUAGUCCGAGCCUGGCAGCAGAAGGCUCGACAUCGCCCACUCCCUCGGACUCGAAGCGUCGCGGUCGUUCGGGUGGGUUGAGUAUCCGCAAGAGCACGCGUCAGUUUUUACGCGCCAAGUCUCCCUCGGCGUCGACGGCCUUGAAUAACGGCUCUGGAUUGUUGAGUCCUGCACCAAGUGUACCUGCUGUGCCGUCGCUCAAGUCUAAAUCUAGUGCGUUGUCCGGGACGUCCCCCACCUCGCCUGGGUCGUCGGACCCUUCGAUCGCCGAGGCAUCGGGUGCUACUGCUGCUGCUGGCCCGAGCGGGAGCCAAAGCGCGGGCGAGCUGACUGAUUCGGAUACGUUGAGGCGAAUGCCCGCGGUGCCAGAGUCACCGGUCGACGACACGAAAAAGUCCAAAAAAGCCAAGAAGUCCGGGCCCGGUAACAAGAUGUUGUCUCUUUUCACGCUCGAUACGAAACGAUAA